AUGUUCCACCAAAAACUUACCAUUUUAGAGGAGAAGCGGGCCGGUUUCCAGCCUCUGCCAUCCGGAGAAUCGCCUUUCGCCUCUUCGAGCAUGUUCAAAGUCCAAGAUCCAGAUUCCAAACCCAAAGCGAAGCCUUGCGACCGCCACUUUAGGACCAACCCCGGCCUCUCUAUCUUGAAAGCAUCUGCACGAGUCAAAACUCCUUCCAAAACAAUCAGUCUCGGGACAGGGCGGCCAGCCUCGGAGUUUUAUCCUUGGGAGUCGAUCGACAUACACGGAAAGACUGGCUCCAUGUCCUGCACAACUGGAGAGAGCGCGUAUGAUUUUGCCAUGGCCAUGGGCUACGGCUACGCUGCUGGCUCCCCGCAGCUCCUCCGCUUCGUCACUGAGCACAUCGAGCUCAUCCACAACCCUCCCUACCGCGACUGGGAGUGCUGUUUGACCAGCGGGACAACUGCCGCCAUCGACAUUGCUUUCCGAAUCUUUUGUGUUCGCGGCGAUUCGAUUCUCGUUGAAGACCGCACGUAUUCCGGGACCAUGGACAUUGCAAAGGCCCAUGGGUUGAAGCUUGUUGGUGUGAGGAUGGACGACUUUGGCCUCGUGCCCGAAGACCUGGAUCGAAAGCUAAGAACAUGGAAUGGCUCAGACAAGCCACGAGUUUUGUACAUGAUACCUUCAGGACACAACCCGACUGCAACGACCCAGAGCACAGAACGACGAAAGGCCAUUUACGAGGUUGCAGAGCGCCAUGACCUCUUCAUAAUCGAAGACGAUCCGUACUAUUUCCUCCAGUUGGGGAAAGGCGACUUUUCAGAUGCGCCAGAUGAAUAUUUGAGUCGAUUGCCGGUUUCUUAUCUGUCGCUGGACGUGUCUGGUCGCGUCCUCCGUCUGGAUUCGACAUCCAAAAUCCUCGCUCCAGGACUUCGCUGUGGAUGGUUGACGGCAUGCUCUCAGGCCGUCGAGAGGAUUCUGGCCUAUACGGAAAUCAGUACAGUGGAGCCGAGCGGAGUUUCCCAAGUCAUGCUGUACAAACUACUAGAGGAAUGCUGGGGUCAUGAAGGCUUCAUCAACUGGUUGAGUCGUCUAUCUCACCGCUACACACAGCGCCGGAAUGUUCUUCUCGGAGCUUGCGAGCGCCAUCUCUCGGAUGUCUGUCAGUGGUCAAUCCCGACUGAGGGUAUGUUUCUUUGGAUCAAACUUGAUGUAUCCGAUCCUGACAUUGAAGACGAAAUAUACGUCAAGUCCAAAGAAAACGGAGUAUUGGUCAGUAAAGGCAGCUGGUUCUCUGUUAGCGAGGAUACAGAUGGCGUUCACUUCCGCUUUACAUUCGCAGCGGCAGCGCAAGAUGAUCUGGAUGAGGCUGUCAGUCGUUUCGGAGACAUCGUAAGGAAUUGUUUAAGACGUACUACAUAA